GGGCUAGUAGGAAGAAAAGCUGAAAAGACCUUGAAACUCUUAACAAAAGAUUCAAGGAAAAAGUUAUGAACAGUGAAUACGGGUCAAUAGCUUCUCAAAAUAAAAAUAGUUCAAAUUCUUCGAAAUGAUAUGGGAUUUCAGCUGCUUCUAAAGGUUCAAAAUAAUCUUAAAAUUAGGUAUAAGGCAAAGAAGAAGACUAAGUUAGUAUUUUUGAAUAAGUCAGAAGGGAAUUUACUCAGUCUUAAUAAAACCCUUAGAAACAACACUAUAUGUCAAAAUUUCUUCAACUCAAGAUCUUCGACUCAAUCAGAGGACUCCAAACGGUUGAGAGGAAAUAGUGAGUCUAGUGCUUCAUCUACCAACUCUGUCCUACACAUGAAGAACAAUAGUUCAAUAGAAGGGUUGCAUAAUUUCAACAUGAAGACUCUUCAGAACCGGAGUCGUGAUGGAUCAGAAUACUCUUUUGACACCUAUAGCCAAAAGUCAGUACAGAGCCGUAGGAGUAAUUCUGCUGCAAUGUAUGUCGAGGAAAAGGUCAAAAUUGAUGAUACCAAAAGCUACAACCUUCCUAUGCUCCAAGAGGUCACCAAAAUAAUCAAAGAAUUUUCAAAAAUUAUCGAAAUGAGCAAAGAAAAGAGGCUAGCUUAUUUUACAGACCGAGUCGGAGCCAAGAGAAAAGCAAAGAUUUCAUUUACUAGCGAGGAAGAUAUUAAUAAAAUCAAAGCUGACAAGACUUUUAAGAUUAAUGAACGGAAUCUUCUCGGCGUUAAGAGUCCUCAAGGGUGGAUUUACAACCUGAAUAUAGGCAAUAUUAUGCAUCUCCAGCCUGUAGAUUUUGACCAAAUGCAUCUUAGUUUCAAGCCAGAAAAUGUGGUUAAGAAGACAAAUCAGGAACUGAAUAAGGAUAUAAUUUUAGAAAAGAUUGUUUACGUCACUGUUGCGUAUUUUUGCGUUGGAACUGAAUAUCGCUUCCUGAAUAGUAAGAUAGAUCCUGAUAAAUAUGGAAAGAAAGACUCUGAAAUCUGGCAUGCUAAAGCUUUGCAUAUUUGAUCAACUUUUAUGCCACCAAAUUCUCCCCUAGUAAAACAUAUCACUAAGAGUUACAUUAAGCAUCAUUUGAAGGAGAAACUAGAAGGAACUAUAGAGGAAGAGAAACAACUCAAGCCUGAUCUCUUAGAGCAAGAAGAGGAACCCACAAUUCCAAGAAAUAGUGAGAAAAAUCGACAACUUCACACUCCUGAACCAGAACUUCUAAAACAGGAUUUGAUUCAGGACGAAGAGUCAAUAAAGCAGGUAGUAGAACAUUCAAUUCCUGAUUUCUUCAAAGCUGUACCGAAACUAGCAUCUAAUAACUCCAAAAUGGACACAAUUAAGACCUCAAAAUUGGUGUUCAACCUCAACAUGAUCCCAAAAGGUUUGAAAAAGACUAAAUUCAUCUUUCUCAGGAAAGAUCCAGAAGCAGAAGAAAAGUUGAUAACGAACUUUUCACAAAUAGGUCUAGGAACCAGAUGAACAAUUUAUCACUCACUAGUACCUUCAAGAUCAGCAAGAAGAUUAUUUUUAAGAAGACAGUUAAAGAUCAGCCUAGAUCAUUGAAGCGCCUUCAUAAAAGAAAAGGUCCAUCUGUUAACAGCAGAAAGCACUCACAAGAAAGCAAAAUAUCUAAAACUCAGAGUAAGAACUUCCGGACUCAAGUAUGCUCUCCAAUUCCUAUUGGAAGCAAUUGUAUUUUCUUGAAAAUAAAGAAGAAAUCGAGGAAUCCGAAGGUCAAGAAGAAGAUACCGAAGAUAAAUUUCCUGAAGACCACAACUUUCACUAUGAACGAUGGUUUACGAGUGGUUUCGAAGAAGCCUAUUAUUCAGAUGAAGCCCAAAGCAAAGCCAAACAAGAAACUCAGCGACAGAAUCAAGAAACUAGAAAGUACUCUCCUCUGACACAGCCUGAGGAGAGGGAAAAGACUCGAAGCCGAUACUGGUGGGAGUAUCUUGCGUGAUUCAAAAAAAAGCCAGGAGGAGUCUAA